AUGGCAAACAGUGCAAGGCUACGGCAACUUGGUCUUCCUGAUUUCAUCCCCAAUGGUUUGAGAAUAGCUGCCAAUUCUAAAGACAAUAACAAGACAAAUGAGAGAAAUAGAGAAGAUGCUGACUAUGAUCCUUUGCACGAUGAUACCGGUGAACAAGAUUUGUGUGAUGAUGACAUUGCUAAGGGCUCUAAGGGGAAGACCAGCAAGAAAACUAAGAAACAAACCUCAGAUGUACCACCUAUGGGAGUCAAGUUUCGCUCUCGUAAGAGGGUUUAUGCAGCACUUACUACAGGUCCAUGGUCAAACAGAAGCAUUUCCCAGCCUGGUCCAAGUCUUGCACCAAGUGACAUCCAUGUGCCACCUCCAUCACACCCUGCUAUCAGCCAAGCUGUUGGACCUGCUGAUCAAGAUGAUGGACCCGAUGCCAUGCUGCAAGCUAAUGGUCACAACAACUUUGCCAACACAGAUGGUUUUGACUUGCAUGAUGGAGCUGAUGUCGGCGCGCAACCUGUUGGUGUCAACCAGAUGACCAAUGAAGGAGGAGAGGUGCCAUGGAACCGAGGAACUAAUAUGGGACAUGGUCUCAACAGGCUUAACCGAUCUCAUCGGGCCAAGCUGCCAAUUGUCAUACCGGAAGGGCAAAUCAGGCCCCUGGUACCUCUUAUUGCUGCAAAGUAUGCAACUGAAAUCAACAUUGCAGUCAGGAACCAUAUGCCUGUGCUCACGCACUGGAAGGAGUACAAGGGACGUGCUGAGAUUGAGGAAUUUUUGGGAAUACUUCGUGCAAAGUUCAACAUUGACACAAAUGAUGCUGUGGUUAAGAAUGGUUGCCUUGAAAUGAUGAGGAAUGCAGUUCGCAACCAGCGACAUAGGCUCAAGAAAGAAUUUUUUGAUACUUUUCCAUUGCAUUUGGUUCCAAAGACUUCUCCUGUGAAAUCAACAAGUGAUAAGGAAUGGCUUGACCUUGUGGAAAUGUGGAAGACUCCCAAAAAAAUGAUGAUUUGUCAAAAGAACAAAGACAACCGAGGGAAUGUUUUGUUACAUCAAACAACUGGCUCCUGUAGCUACGCGGUAUUUGUUGAAAAUUUGGAGGAUGAGAACGAGGAUGAGAAUACAGAACUUAAUGCGUUUAAUUUGUUCAAAAUGUGCCACUUCAGCAAGAAAAAGGAUGGCUACACACCUGCUGUCCAAUCAGCUAUUACUCAAAUGGAAACCCAACUGGCUGCACAACCAACACAAGGUGAACAACCCAAGUCUGCGGUUCAGGUUGUAGCUAAUGUGCUUGAGCGCAACAACAAGAAGAGUGCCUUCCUUCAGAAUGUUGGGAUGCAGACUAAGCGACCAAGGAUGAGUGCACAACUAGAAGCGGAGAAGAGGGAGAAUGCUGAGCUUCGGUUGAUUGUCAGCAACCAGCGCGAACAAAUGGAAGGCUUGUCAAAGCAAGUGCAGGAAACUGAACUGACAAGGAUAAGGGACAAAGAGGAGAUGAGCAAGAAGCAAGCUGAGUUGGAGGCAAAACUUGAGCUUGUUCUGGGUCCUGUUGGUGUUCUACAACUUUUGUUGCCUUUGCUUCUGGAAUCAAACAUCUAUAACACUCCCUUGCCGUCGUACGACUGCUCCAAGAAAACGGCCGCCGUGUGCCUGGCGCCUGGCAGCCCCGGGCCGACGUGCUGCGACGGGCAGUGCGUGGACACGGUGGCCAGCGUGGAUCACCGCGGAGGCUGCAACAAGGUCUGCAAGCAUGGUCGCAUUUGCUGCGGCGGGCGCUGCGUCUAUACGCUCGCCGACAUGGACAACUGCGGCAAGUGCUUCAACCAGUGCAACAACAAGUGCACCUACGGCUUCUGCGACCAUGCACAGUGA